AUGCUUAGACGUUCUUCUGCACUCGUUAUAAGAAUUAGACAGUCCCUAAGGUUCAACAGUACUGAGGCUUAUACAGCCGCUAUUACAAACCUAAAAAAGGAUCUGAAGACAUCAAUGAUUAACAAAAAUGACCUUGAAAAGAAUACUAUAAAAGGUUUACUAUCUGAAAUUAAAAAUGUCGAAAUAGAUAACAAGAGUAAUCAUAAUGAUGAAUUUUUGUUAUUUGACACCUACUCAAAGUUAAUUCACCAAAGAAAGGAUUCUGUCGAGAACUAUCUUGCCAAUAAAAGAGAAGAUAUGGCUGAUAAAGAGAAAAAGGAGAUCGAUAUUAUAAAGAAGUACCAAAACUUGUUACCUGUUUCCACUCAAGAAGAAGUUGAUGCGAAAGUUAUAGAGUUGUUGAAAUUCAUUAGAAAGGAAGAACCUACUUUACAAUUGAAGCAAGUGUUUGGUAAAGUUAAUUGGAAGACUACACCUGAACAAUGGAAAACUUCUUCAAAAUCUGUAAGAAGCAGCAUUGUUACACAUUUUAAAUCUGUAUUUCAAUGA